AUGGCUGCGGCGGCGGGCCACGUCGGCGACGAGGCGAGCCGGCGGAGGAGAGCGGCGGCUCGGCGGAAGGCGGGGAGCUUCGGGGCGGCGGCCAUGGCGGCGGCGACCCGCGGUCGGAGGCAGCGGCGCAGGGCGGCCGGCGGCGGGGCAGAGGCAGCCGGCGAGGCGGCGGGCGGGCGCCCUCCGGCGGAGGCGCGGGCGAGCGGGCGCGGGGCUAGAUGGGCUCGGCGGGCCCGCGACGGGCUCGCACGGGCCGGCGGCGGGGGCGGCGGCCAGGGACAGGUGGCGGCGUGCGAUUCGCGGAGGGGCGGCGGCUGGACGUGUCCGACGGCGGCGCGGACAUGUCCGGCGGCGCGAGGAGGGAGACGCUAG